AUGGACAAAACAUGUUUGACAGUGACAUCUCACAAAGACAGGGAUAUCCUUGAUAAAACUUAUCAAGGACAUACCUGUGUAAAACUUGAGCAAUUGCAACAUCUGAAAUCAGAUUUUGAACUUUUGAACAUGAAAAGUUCGGAAAUAACAUUUGAGCAUAUUCAUCAUGUUAUUUCUAUAGCAAAUAACAUGAAAGCACUUGGCGAUAACACCAAAGAAUCCGAAAUAGUUUUAAAGAUUCUAAGAUCUAUGACUUCUAAGUUUAAUACAAUAGUAUGCAUGUUAUCCGAGCGAAGCAUCAAAGAAGAUCUUUCUUUAGAUGAGGUACAUGGUUUAGGCUUCAGUAGGGGCAGAGGAUUAAAAGGUCGAGGAGGAGAAAGAUACAUGGUGAAAGAAGGUGCUCGAUACCAUCGUGAAUAUAACUUCAAUCAGCGACAACGAGGUCGUGGGUGUGGAUAUGAUCGUGUUCGAGCCCCUAUCGAAGAAAAGGUUAAUCACACGGAAAAAUCUGAAAAUGAAUCAGUAGACCGUAUAAUUGAAUCUGAAACAAAUUCAACUCGCAAUGAUUUUGUAAACACUAAUGGAGGUAAUUUGGAUCCUCUUUUGAUUGCUAAUUCUGAUAAUCCUACAUCUUCAUUGGUUUCUGCUGUAUUUUCUGCAACAAAUUUCAUUAGAUGGAUUAGAAAUGUUAGAUGUGCCUUGAUUGCGAAGAAUAAAGAUGGUUUUAGUACUAGAUCAACUCCUAAACCUAGUGAAUCUAGUCAAGUAUAUUUGAAAUGGAUUAGAGCAGAUUAUAUGGUUAUGAGUUGGAUACUCAGCUCAAUGACUCCACAAAUAGCAGAUCAUUUUGCAUAUAAAGAAAUUGAUAGUCUAAGACAAGAAAAUCUUACCAUAAUUGCAUAUUAUGGAAAGAUCAAAAGACUUUGGGAUGAGCUUAAGUCUUUAAUAGUGUCACCUACCUACUGUUGUGGUGCUUUGAGCAAAUGCAGUUGUCAAUUUGUAAAAAGAUUGGCAGAUAUUAAAGCUGAGGAUAAGCUAAUGCAAUUCUUGUUAGGCUUAAAUAGUGGCUUUGAUAGCACUAUUACCAAUAUCUUGUCAAUGGAACCUUUACCUACUAUAAAUAAAGCAUUUUCUAUAGCACAACAAAUUGAAAAACAAAAGGAGAUAACUGGUGUAUUGGAGGCUGGGGAAAGCAAUGUUAUGGUAGUUCAAAAAUAUAAUCAAGGAGGUAUGUCUGCUGCUAUACAGAGAUUUCAAGGGAAAAGAGAUUGGAAGAAAGAAAAAUUUGAUAAAAAGUGUGACCAUUACAAAGGAAAAGGUCAUACCAUGGAUCAAUGUUUUAAGCUGAUUGGGUAUCCUGAGUGGUACACAGCUGUGAAAAAUGCAAAAGGAGGAAAUGCAAGUGGCAUAGGAGGCAGUAGAAAAUUUGUUGCUAAUGUUCAUAUUGAUAAUGGACAUUGUGAUUCACCUCCGGAUUGUGAAGAUGAUUCAAACUACAAUGAUGGCAAGGAAAUGAAUUCUUAUAUGAUAAAUAACAUUUGCCAAGAAGUCAUGAAAAUGAUGAAAGGAAAAGACCAGACAAACACAUCUUCUCCUGGAAACAUGUCUUUUGCUAGCUUUGCAGGAGCAUGUGAUCAUAUGGUGUAUGAUGAACAUAUGUUAAUUGAUAAAAAGUUGCUUAAAAGAGAGAUUAAAGUUGGAUUGCCUGAUGGAACAUUCAGAAUGGUAUACAAGACUAGAACUGUUGUGCUUAAUGAGCAUUUAAGCAUCAAUGAUGUGUUAUUAGUAGAAGAUUUUAAACAUUACUUACUGUCUGUUAGUAAGUUGGCAGAGAAGGACAAUGUCUUGGUGCAUUUCACUAAAGAUAAUUGCUAUUUUCAGGACCUAUAUAAACACAAGGUUCUCGGAAUUGGUAAGAAACAAGGAGGUUUAUACUACUAUUACAGCAAUGCAUGUGAUAUAAAUAAGAGAUUGUGUGCAAGUUCAUCUUGUCAUGCUGUGGAAACAUCUUCUAGUACUGAUAUGUUGCCUAGUAAGACUGCUGUAGGUAGACAAAUUGCAUCUCAUACUAUCAAUGAUGUACAUUUGUUACAUAGCAGAUUAAGAGGACAUCUAUCUUUGUCCAAGAUGAGACAUAUUCCUGGUUUUAGUUGUAGAAAUAUGCAUGAAUACAACGGUGGUAUAUGUUUGAAUUCAAAGCAGCAUAAACUUCCUUUUUCUGUUAGUAAGAGUAGAGCAGAUCAAUGUUUUGACUUAUUGCACAUUGAUCUAUGGGGGCCAUACAGAGUGCAUGCUUUAAAUGGAGCAAAGUAUUUUUUAACCUUGGUUGAUAACCGUAGUAGAGGUACCUGGACUUUCUUAUUACAUAACAAGUCUCAGGUUGCUAAAACUCUUGAAUAUUUUCUGAAAAUGGUGGAAACACAGUUUGGAACACGUGUGAAAAUUAUAAGAUCAGAUAAUGGGACUGAAAUAGUGAAGAAAUAA